UGGCCCAGAUCGUUUGUUUUUGGCGUUGUCUUGUUACAAAAUUAAAUUAAGAUUUAAAAAUGUUUUAUUACAUAAUUUAAUUUCGUAAAAUAUCAAUUCAUAAUGAAAUAAUAUAGAAAACGUUACUUUGACUUCAUUAUGAUAUACACAACGCGGAGUAUUUUGAGGUUAUUUCGGAGGCACAGUGCUUUGUACAAACGAUUUAAUUAUGUUUGUGCUUCAACAGACGCUAAUGAAAACGAUAAAAUUAACCAGAAAGAGGAUUUCCAGACACUGCUUCAAAGGUACAAAGAUAAAAUCACGUUCAACUCUUAUUUAGAGCACGAAAAAUUGGAGCUUGGUUACUUCAAAUAUUACUUGAAAACUUUGAAGAAAGCGAAAGAGGCUAGUGCUACAGACUACAAACGCAAGAGCUUACCGCCAUUACCCGUCGCUUUACAAUACUAUGUAGACAAAGAAAGGCUUUUAGCAGAGGAGGAGCCCAUAAGUCAAGAAGAGAAACCUGAAGUGUUUCAACUGCCAUUCUCAGAUACAACAAAUGUUGAAAUCACACAAAACAAAGAAGAUCAAUUCAAAAAUUCAAGUAAAAAUAUAGGAGAGUUUGAUAGGAGCAACAUUAAGAAGUGGAUGACUAAUUAUGAACAUUUUGAUGAUACCCUAAUUGAUGAUGACUCAGAUGAUGUUGAUACUGAAUGGGUGACGCAGUAUGGUACACCUGACCCCUCAUUAGGUGUGAGCAGUGUUCCGUGUGGUGGCUGUGGUGCACUGCUGCACUGCAGUGAUCCGUCUAUUCCUGGCUACUUGCCAAGCGAGUUGUUUAGUGGUCGGGACCAAUUGGAACUAAAGAGUAUGGAGUGCCAGCGCUGCCACUUUCUCAAACAGUACAACAUUGCACUGGAUGUGAGGGUGCAGCCUGAGGAGUAUGAAAAACUUCUGCAAUCUAUACGAUAUGUAAAAUCACUGGUGUUGUUGAUGGUAGACCUGUUAGACUACCCUUGCUCCAUAUGGCCAGGGAUCGUGGACAUCAUUGGCACUGAAAGACCCAUCAUCCUUGUGGGCAACAAGGUAGAUUUACUUCCAGGCGACAGUGUGGGCUACCUCAAGCGAGUUAAACUUUCUCUGAUCGAAGAAAUCAAAAAGACCAGACUGGGUGAAGCCAAUAUCAAGUACAUUGGGCUGAUAUCUGCAAAGACAGGGUACGGAGUGGAGGAUCUAAUAUCUGCCAUGUUUAAGACUUGGCUGUACAAAGGAGAUGUGUUUCUUGUCGGCUGUACUAAUGUGGGCAAGAGCUCUUUGUUCAAUGCCUUACUGCAAUCAGACUACUGCAAGGUCCAUGCAGUAGACCUUGUCCAGCGGGCUACCGUUAGCAGAUGGCCGGGAACCACUUUACACUUACUCAAAUUCCCUAUAAACAGACCAUCUGGAUGGAAAAUAUACGAAAGGACAAGAAGACUGAAAUCUGAAAGGAAGCUGAUGAAAGUUGAGAAGGAAAUCAGAAAGGCGCAGUUAGAAGGCAGACCCAACAGAGAACCUCCGACAUUAAUGGGCCAUAUUGGAAGGUCUUUCUCUGAGGAAUACCUGGAAACCACUGAUGUAGCCGAGAAAUUAAGAAAAUUGAUGACAAUAGAUGAAAAACACUUUAUAUUUGCAAACAGCAAAUGGUUUUACGACACUCCGGGCGUGAUACAUCCCGAUCAGGUUUUGUCGCUCUUGAGUACUGAAGAAUUACUAUUGACUUUGCCUAAAAACACUAUAAAGCCUCAAACGUAUUAUUUACAGAGUGGUUUGACGAUGUUCAUUGCUGGUCUUGCUCGAGUAGAUAUCUUGUACACUGAGGAUCCGUGUCGUCUGACAGUGUUUUGUUCAGAAAGCUUACCGAUCACGGUUGUUAAGACUGAAGAUGCCGAUGAAAUUUACGAAGCGUUUGUAGGAACAGAAUUAUUUGCUGUGCCGUCCGGCGGAGCCGAGAGACUUAAGAAUUGGCCGGGAUUGCAAAAAGGCAAUGAUGACUUUGAGUUUGUCGGUGAAGGACCUAAAUUUUGCUGUGGCGAUGUAGUUUUGUCAUCUGCAGCGUGGGUUUCAGUGACAGCUAAGGGUGAAACGAAAUGUAAAUUGCGUGCGUGGUCAGUUGAAGGGAGAGGAUUACAUCGAAGGUAUCCGUCGAUACUGCCUUACGCAGUCAAUAUGAAGGGCAAAAGGAUACAGGAUACGCCCGCGUAUAUGAUAGGAAAAGUGUUUUCUGAGGAGCCGUAGUUGUAGUAGAUGAAAACUUUGAAUUAGGCAUAUUAAAUAUUAAGAAAAUA